CUCCUUCCCCCCGUGAUGGCGGAGGACAGCGAGUCUGCGGCCAGCCAGCAGAGCCUGGAGCUGGAUGACCAGGACACCUGCGGCAUAGACGGCGACAAUGAGGAGGAGGCUGAGCACGCCAAGGGAAGUCCUGGAGGGGAUUUGGGAGCGAAGAAGAAGAAAAAGAAACAGAAGAGAAAAAAGGAGAAGCCAAAUUCUGGAGGCACCAAAUCAGAUUCUGCAUCUGACUCUCAAGAGAUUAAAAUUCAACAGCCUUCAAAAAAUCCAGCCAUUCCAAUGCAGAAACUUCAAGAUAUCCAGAGAGCAAUGGAGCUGCUCUCUGCAUGCCAAGGUCCAGCAAAGAACAUUGAUGAGGCUACCAAACGUAAAUACCAGUUUUGGGAUACACAGCCUGUACCGAAACUUAACGAAGUCAUAACUUCGCAUGGUGCAAUUGAGCCAGAUAAGGACAAUGUCCGCCUAGAGCCAUAUUCUUUGCCACAAGGUUUUAUGUGGGACACGUUGGAUCUUAGCAAUGCUGAAGUUCUGAAGGAGUUAUACACACUGUUAAAUGAGAAUUACGUAGAAGAUGAUGAUAAUAUGUUUAGGUUUGAUUAUUCCCCUGAAUUUCUUCUGUGGGCUCUGCGUCCUCCGGGCUGGUUACCACAGUGGCACUGUGGGGUUAGAGUGUCUUCAAACAAAAAGCUGGUAGGAUUCAUAAGUGCCAUCCCUGCAAAUAUUCGUAUUUAUGACAGUGUGAAGAAGAUGGUAGAAAUCAAUUUUCUGUGUGUUCAUAAGAAACUGAGAUCUAAACGGGUGGCACCUGUACUGAUUCGGGAAAUAACCAGAAGAGUAAACCUGGAAGGGAUUUUUCAGGCUGUUUACACUGCUGGAGUGGUGCUCCCCAAACCUGUGGCCACUUGCAGGUAUUGGCAUCGAUCACUGAAUCCCAGAAAAUUGGUGGAGGUGAAAUUCUCCCAUUUGAGUAGAAACAUGACUCUACAAAGAACAAUGAAGCUCUACAGACUUCCUGAUGCUACAAAGACUUCUGGCUUGAGACCGAUGGAACAAAAAGAUACUAAAGCAGUACAAGAAUUAAUCAACACUUACUUGAAGCAGUUUAAUCUUGCUCCUGUGAUGGAUGAAGAAGAGGUGGCCCAUUGGUUCCUGCCUCGGGAACAUAUUAUUGACACUUUUGUUGUAGAGGGUGCGAAUGGUGUUUUAACAGACUUCCUGAGUUUCUACACGUUACCUUCAACAGUGAUGCACCAUCCUGUUCAUAAAAGCCUGAAAGCUGCCUAUUCCUUUUACAAUAUUCACACAGAGACCCCCCUCUUGGAUUUAAUGAAUGAUGCACUCAUAAUAGCUAAGUUGAAAGGAUUUGAUGUGUUCAAUGCACUAGACUUAAUGGAAAACAAAACGUUCCUGGAAAAACUCAAGUUUGGGAUUGGAGAUGGAAAUCUGCAGUAUUAUUUGUACAACUGGAGGUGUCCUGGCAUGGAAUCUGAAAAGGUCGGUCUUGUAUUACAAUGAGGACACAUGUUUCUAGAACUCUGAAGUCAUCAUUUGAAUUAAUUUGAUCUCCAUAACUCUUGGAAUGAUAUUGUUCAAGAGGAGUAAAAGCACAACGUCAGUGAUACUGAAAUAGUCCAUUAAACCUGAACGAUGAAGAAAUCCACAUGUGACCAAAUUUAUGCAUUUUCAGCUAAAUCAGAAGGUCCUUGAAACUUUUAUUGUCCAUGAAAAGAAUAAAAGCACAUUCAUUUAAGUUUCAAAGCUUAGCUUGCACCUUGAUGAGAAGAAGGUAUUUUUUUUUCCACUCUGUAGAAAAGACUGUUUUGUAUAAACUGAACUUCAGUGGUGGAUUAGGGUACAAAAAUAUUUGCUAUUAUGUGGAUGAACUGCUGCAUUUCUAUUUAUUAAGUGGUGGUGUAUGUUUGUCAGUGUAACAGAAUGAAGGAUACAAACUCGAGUAUCUUUGCUAUAUUUACUUCACGUGGAUAUCAUCAUUUGGGGAAAAACCAUGAAGUACGAUACGUUUGUAGCUCUAUGAAAGUCCUGGAUGUUUUUUGUAACUGGAGCAGUAUGACAAUGUACUGGUUUAACUAGUGCAUUUGUUUCUCCAUAAGCAACGCUGCCAAAUCAAUAAAAAUACAGAUUUGUAUUUUGAUCUUCAGUAGAUCAGUGGAUUGAUUUAACAGUAUCGCACUGUUCAGUGCAGGUGUUACCUUUGUUGCAGGAAUGACAAUACGUUACUGUACUUAAUUUACAGUUGUGGCACAGAACCUUAGUUUUUCCUCAGUGGAGUAACAUCAGCCUGUGUGUAAAACUAAGAAUUUUAGUAGUGCUAUCAGGAUAUUUAUAGUUUGAAUGUUUUCAAUGCUUCUGCAAAAUUGCACAUAUUCCUUUGUCUACUUUGAUUUCCUAUGAAGUCUGUAAUUCUAAUGAAAAGUAUCUUGUGUAAAUACGUAUUCAUAAAUUGUUCCUGGUAGUGUUUUUAUCCUGA